UGGAUGAUGAUGUGACCCUUCCACGGACACUCCCCCGUGUGUGGGUGGACUGCAGCCGCCCCCUGCCAGCUCAGGCGCGGCUCCGCUGGGAGAGGACGACUCCGCCGUUCCCCUGAAAACUUUGGUAGCUCUGUGAGAGGCCUCAGCGCAACAGUUUGUACCAGUUUACAAGCCUGGGGUCUAAAACUGUCCUGCUAAGAGGUGAUGCUGGGGGUGGCAGGAAUGACGGGCAGCAUUGCUAAUGCUCUGGCCAAUGCAGCCUGCGAUCGAUGUAAGAGUGGCUUUGCUCCGACUGAGAAAAUUGUCAAUAGUAAUGGAGAGCUGUACCAUGAGCACUGCUUUGUGUGUGCCCAGUGCUUCCAGCAGUUUCCAGAGGGACUCUUCUAUGAGUUUGAAGGAAGAAAAUAUUGUGAACAUGACUUCCAGAUGCUCUUUGCCCCGUGCUGUCAUCAGUGUGGGGAGUUCAUCAUUGGUCGUGUCAUUAAGGCCAUGAACAAUAGUUGGCACCCCGACUGCUUCUGCUGUGACAUUUGCCAGGCUGUGCUCGCAGACGUGGGGUUUGUCAAAAACGCUGGCAGGCAUCUUUGUCGCCCGUGCCAUAACCGUGAGAAGGCUCGUGGCCUGGGGAAGUAUAUCUGCCAGAAGUGCCAUGCAAUCAUUGAAGAGCAGCCGCUCAUCUUUAAGAAUGAUCCCUAUCACCCAGACCACUUCAACUGCAACAACUGUGGGAAGGAACUGACAGCAGAUGCCCGGGAACUGAAGGGAGAGCUCUUCUGUUUGCCCUGCCACGACAAGAUGGGUGUACCAAUCUGUGGUGCCUGCCGGAGACCCAUUGAGGGGCGUGUUGUCAAUGCUAUGGGCAAGCAAUGGCAUGUUGAGCAUUUUGUUUGCGCCAAGUGUGAGAAGCCUUUCCUCGGUCAUCGCCAUUAUGAGAGAAAGGGUUUGGCUUACUGUGAGACUCAUUAUAACCAGCUCUUCGGUGAUGUGUGCUAUCACUGCAACCGUGUGAUUGAAGGUGAUGUCGUGUCUGCUCUCAACAAAGCCUGGUGCGUCAGUUGUUUCUCAUGCUCCACCUGCAACACAAAACUCACUCUCAAAGAUAAGUUUGUUGAAAUUGACCUGAGGCCAGUGUGCAAGCACUGCUAUGAGCGCAUGCCUGAGGAGCUGAAACGCCGCCUGGCUCGACGUGAGCGCGAAGCCAAAGACCGCAAGAAAAAGCCUGCUGUGUGUCUGUAGAGUUACUAUUCUUUACAACUCUGCUCCAACCGUCGAAACAAGUUUGUUGAGUUUGACAUGAAGCCAGUGUGUAAAAAGUGUUACGAGAAGUUUCCUCUGGAGCUCAAGAAAAGGCUCAAGAAGCUGGCAGAGUCACUGGGGCGCAAGUGAGCUGCUUCAAGCCAAACAACCUGGGAGUGCUGUUUUCCUGCUACGUAAAAUAUCCAGGAAAACUGCUGCUUUACAACACAAGAGCCUGGCAUUAUACUAGUGCAUCAAUAUUCAAAAUGUCAAUCAGGGAUACAUUUAAAAGAUAUAAAUAUACCACUGUGGUCUUGACAUAAACGUGCCUGUUGGCAGAUUUUUUUUGCUGUUUUUUUUAUACAUAUAUUUUUUUUAAAUACAUUCCUAAAUUGUCCAAAUUUGUUAUUCUCUCCUAGCCAUGAAAUGUGGUGUCCAAGUUUAUUAAGAUUAUUAUUACUAUGAGCAUAGUUGCUAACUGCUAUGUCUAAAACUUUUUUGAAUUUGAAAAGACUGUAUUGGAAUUAUACUUGUACCUUAAAUAUAUUAACUGUGUGUCUUAAUAUGCAAAUAAUGGUUCAAAUAUAACUUUCAUAUAGUUAUAAUACCAGUUAUGCCUUAUUGUAACUAUCUCAAUUAGACAAAAUAUCUAUUGAUAGCAGAAUUUUAUCAGACUUUUCACCUUUAAGCCUUCAUACCUCAGUAUGAGUAAUUACAAAGCAACCACUGUGUUCUGUAGGACUGUGUAAUGAUGUCCUUCUCCUGCUAAUAUAUAUAAAAAGGAGCUAAUAAUAAUGAGCGAACACUGGGAUCAAGGUUCAACUGCAAACCGUGAAGUUUUAAUGAAUCCACACCUGGAUAUCUUUACUCUAAUACAUGUUAAAUUUCUGUUAGAAGCUACUAUAUAAUGUGUAGAACUGUUCACUUCUGGUGCUUCAUGUUGCUUUUCUCUCAGCCUUGUGCGACAGAUAAAUAUUCCACAAGUAGAUAUUUUAUUUAGAAUUAUGCCAUGACUGUUCAUUUGUCCAACUGGCCCCUUAAUCCCAGUGUUUUGAAACCACAAAUUGGGAGAGAAAAUGAGAUUAGAAGGCACUAUUAUGAUUGGAAAGACUACAUAAUCAGUCUUUUAAAGUAACCUAUAUGUACUGUAUGCUUUCAAUGUGAAUGAUGGUGUAAUGUUACCGCUUGUACUGUAAAUGCCUGGGGUUCAUCAGGCUGAUAUUUUUAGCCAAAUUAACAUUUCCAACUUUCUGGGGGAGACAGUUCAAAGGAAUCCAGAUGAAAUGAACCUUCUGCUGAUUAUUUAGAGAACACUUUGAUGUUAAAAUAUCAUUAAUGAGUCAGCAUGUCGCUUGAGGUGUUUGUAGGCAAACAUUUAGGAAAAAAAAGAGAAGUGACAUACAACAGAAAAAAAGAAUUUGCUUGGAUGAGCAUUUUUAUUAUGGAACACUUGCCAGCACAUUUAAUUUGUCAGUGUUUACAUUUUCUUGAUUUGCAUGACAUGGAGAAUAACAUUUUAUUGCAGCAAAUACAGUCAUUGGUUUUUCUGCUGAAUGAUCAAUAAAGUUUUCCUGAACACAUUACACCAAA